AUGUCUGCACAAGACUACUACGGGAGCUCAAAGGUCCAGUAUAACAGACCAAAUAAUAAUUCGCAAACUCAGCAGUACUCUCAGCAUCAACAGAAUAGGGGCUAUCAACCACAGCAACAGCAACAAUAUCAACAACCACCACAAUACUACCAACAACCACAACAGCCACAGUACUAUCAACAGCCACAGCAACCAAUUUAUGUUCAACAACAACCUCCUCAACGAGGAAAUGAUGAUUGUUUAACGGCAUGUCUUGCGGCUAUGUGUGUCUGUUUAACAUUGAACGUCAUCUUUUAA